AUGGAGCACUUCCUGGAAGCGUUCCGUGAUGCGGACGUCGACGGCGCGCUGGCGGCGUCGGUGUUCCACAAACAAAUCAUCAAUAUCGGCGAACUGAAAAGAACAACAGAGAACCAGCUGGACUGGGGAAAAACCGACGGCCUGAUGCCGGCCAUCGUGCAGCACGCCGUUUCCGGCGAAGUGCUGAUGCUGGGUUACAUGACGCAGGAAGCGCUGGCGACCACCGAGCAGAGCGGUAACGUCACCUUCUUCUCACGCACCAAGCAGCGUCUGUGGACCAAGGGUGAAAGCUCCGGCCAUUUCCUCAAGGUGCUCAGCAUUACACCGGACUGCGAUAACGACACGCUGCUGUUGGAGCAGCUGGUGGCGGAGCGCAAGCACGCCAGCCCGGACAGCUCGUACACCGCCAGCCUGUAUGCCAGCGGCACCAAGCGCAUCGCGCAGAAAGUCGGGGAGGAAGGCGUGGAAACCGCGCUGGCCGCCACGGUCAACGAUCGCGAAGAGCUGACCAACGAAGCUUCGGACCUGAUCUAUCACCUGCUGGUGCUGCUGCAGGACCAGGAUCUGGAUCUGAGCGCGGUGAUCGGCGGCUGCGCGAGCGGCAUCAGAAAUAAUGCACACAGGCUUCCCUGA